AUGACGGCAGAUUUUAACAGUUGGUUAUUUCCUGAUGAAGUCGAUGGUUUUAGCUCGGAUAGACAACUGCUCGAUACAAAUGAUACUUCAAAAACAAAACACUGUGGUCGAAAGAGAAAGUCGAGUCAGUCUCCAGACAGAAACUUUAGUCGGGACAAUUGCAAGACGUCGAGAGUCACUGGUCCGGAAAUUGUGUCAUCACUCCACCCUCCGGAUUCAUGGCUAGACAGAUUACCUCCUGUAUCUUACCCUGAUAACAUCUCCAAUCACCUGAUGCCCACAUGCGGCAAAGCAAAUUCUGUAGAGAUUACUUGUGCACCAGAUACAUGUACCCAGAAUGUCUCCAGUCCAACCCACGAAAUAAAGUCAAGAACAAAAAGAGUCAAGAAGAGGAAGCCACAGACAUCAUCUCAGAGGAAAGCAGCCACGCUCAGGGAGAGAAGACGGAUAGAAGGCCUGAAAGCAGCCUUCCAAAACCUCAAGGAAAAUGUGCCCACGUUUACCUAUGAAACAGAAUUGACCAGAUUGGAGACGCUCAGGUUAGCCGUCACGUAUAUCGGCUUCCUCUCGGACGUGCUGAAUGGGCAACAUCCCGACCACGUGAUACUUGACGGAAAACAUAUUGGUGUUCCUGUGUAG